GUUUUCAUCUCCGUGAACUGCCUGAGCACAGAUUUCUCUUCUCAGAAGGGCGUGAAGGGGUUGCCUCUGAACAUUCAAAUUGACACCUAUAGUUACAACAACCGCAGCAACAAGCCCGUGCACCGGGCCUACUGCCAGAUCAAAGUGUUCUGUGACAAGGGAGCUGAGCGGAAGAUCAGGGAUGAAGAACGCAAGCAGAGCAAGAGAAAAGUGUCUGAUGUUAAAGUGCCACUGCUUCCCUGUCACAAACGAAUGGAUAUCACGGUUUUCAAACCCUUUAUUGAUCUUGAUACUCAGCCUGUCCUCUUUAUUCCGGACGUGCACUUUGCCAACCUGCAGCGGGGCACUCAUGUUUUGCCCGUUGCCUCAGAAGAAUUGGAGGGUGAAGGCUCUGCCUUGAAAAGGGGUCCAUUUGGAGUGGAAGAUGACUUUUCUGUCCCACCUCCUGUUAAACUGACCCGGAUAGAAGAACCAAAGAGAGUGCUGCUCUACGUUCGAAAGGAGUCAGAAGAAGUCUUUGAUGCCCUGAUGCUCAAGACUCCCUCUUUGAAGGGCUUGAUGGAAGCUAUCUCAGACAAGUAUGACGUUCCCCAUGACAAGAUUGGAAAAAUAUUUAAGAAGUGUAAAAAGGGGAUACUGGUGAACAUGGAUGACAACAUUGUGAAGCAUUACUCCAAUGAAGACACCUUCCAGCUUCAGAUCGAAGAAGCGGGCGGGUCGUACAAACUCACCCUGACAGAAAUCUAAAGGCCAGCAGG